GCCAGCACCGCACCGGCACCCGCGGCCGCUCGGCGGGACACCCGGGCACGCUUCGCCCCUCGGCCCCCGCCCUCAGCAGGCGCCUCAACGUUGAGAAGCAGCGGCUCCUCUCCCGCCGCAGCGGGACCCAAAGAUGAAGUGGCUAUCUGUCCUGCCCCAGCAGUGUCUUUUGCUGAUGACAUGUCUCCUACUGGCCUUGGAAGCUGUACCUAUAGACAUAGAUAAGACAAAAGUCAAAGGAGAAGGUCAUGUAGAAGGAGAGAAGGUAGAAAAUCCAGUUUUCUUUAAGGAUACAGGACUUUAUUAUGAUGAAUAUCUCAGGCAAGUGAUAGAUGUCUUGGAAACUGAUAAACAUUUCAGGGAGAAACUCCAGACUGCUGACAUAGAGGAAAUAAAGAGUGGAAAGCUAAGCAGAGAGCUUGAUUUAGUAAGCCACCAUGUGAGAACACGGCUGGAUGAACUAAAAAGACAAGAGGUGGCAAGAUUAAGAAUGUUAAUUAAAGCUAAAAUGGAUUCUGUUCAAGACACUGGCAUAGACCAUCAGGCUCUCCUUAAGCAGUUUGAGCACCUGAACCAUCAGAAUCCUGACACCUUCGAACCUAAAGACUUAGAUAUGCUGAUCAAAGCAGCUACAAGUGACCUGGAAAACUACGAUAAGACCCGCCAUGAGGAGUUUAAGAAAUAUGAGAUGAUGAAAGAACAUGAGAGGAGAGAGUAUUUAAAAACACUGGAUGAAGAAAAGAGGAAGCGAGAAGAAUCCAAAUUUGAGGAGAUGAAGAAAAAACAUGGAGAUCACCCUAAAGUUCACCAUCCUGGAAGCAAAGAUCAACUGAAAGAGGUGUGGGAAGAAGCAGAUGGACUAGAUCCUAAUGAAUUUGACCCCAAAACAUUUUUCAAAUUGCACGAUGUCAAUAAUGAUGGUUUCCUGGAUGAGCAAGAAUUAGAAGCCCUAUUUACUAAAGAGCUAGAAAAAGUUUAUGAUCCCAAGAAUGAAGAGGAUGACAUGGUUGAAAUGGAAGAAGAAAGGCUGAGAAUGAGAGAACAUGUAAUGAAUGAGGUUGACAUCAACAAGGACCGACUAGUGACUUUGGAAGAGUUCCUCCGAGCUACAGAGAAAAAAGAAUUUUUGGAGCCAGACAGCUGGGAGACACUAGAUCAGCAGCAGCUCUUCACCGAGGAUGAGCUGAAGGAAUUUGAAAAUCAUAUUUCCCAGCAGGAAGAUGAACUUAAGAAGAAGGCAGAAGAACUUCAGAAACAGAAGGAAGAGCUACAGAGGCAGCAUGACCAGCUUCAGGCUCAGAAACUAGAGCUUCAGCAGGUUGUAAAACAGAUGGAACAAAAGAAACUACAGCAAGGAAAUCCUCCUGCAGGUCCAGGUGGAGAACUGAAAUUCCAACCCCCUGGGGAGCACAAAGUUGGAGAUGCAGCAAAACAUCCGGCAGGAGGUGAUCAGCCUUUACCACCAGGACACGUCCAAGAACCAGCUGUUAGAACUGAUCAAGUUCACGCUUAACCACUUGUGCCUCAACUUUAUAGCAUCUUUAUUAUUUGGGGUGGGAAAAGGGUGGGAGGGGCUUGGGGGUGGGUGGGCAGGAAAUCAGAGUGAAACAAGAACUCUCCGCUCUUUUCCUCAGACUGUAAAAUCAUGGGAAUGUUAGAGAUAAAGUAUCAAUCAGGUUUGAUAUAUAAAUUAAUUUUCUCUCCAGUACAUCAGUGAGAAACACAAGGGGAUCAUCUAGAAGCUAUAGUAGAAGAGGAAAUUAGGGAAACCAUUAAUAUUAAAGAUUUUUAUGGCCAGGGGACUGAGCUGUUGAACUCUGCUCUUACAAAGAGGGAAGAGAUGUCUGCCAUUCUGUGUUUAGGCGUGAAUCAGAAUCUUCUCAGAGAGGAAACAGGGAACAGGCCUGAAUGUCAUGUUAGGUCUAGUUUUAUGUAGAAACUUUCCAGAAUGCUGAAAAGCAAAAGAUAGGGAAACAAAGACCAUAGAUAAAAGGCCUGCUUUUCCCAGCACUACCAAACCCUUUCUUCUUUGAGACCAAAUAAAAAUCAAACCUCUUAAUCACAGAAAAUUUGCACUUUCUAAAAUUUAAACACGGCAAAGAAUUAUGUGGAACAGUGAAUAUUUUUCAUGUUUACAGAAGCCUAAGAAUUUCACUGUAAGCCUUCAAAAGGAAUACUGUACUUCUAGUGCAUUGAUCUGAACCGUCCUCCUUGUUGAGACUAAUUCUGUGUAGCAGUUGAAAGCUCAGCUGGCUCUUGGGACAAUACUUUUGUCCCCGUUUCUUUCAUCAGAUGCCAGCUGAUCUCAAAAUUUUGCAUGUUAAUAAAUAAGCUUUUUAUGUUGAUGGAAAUAUUGUGCAAAACAGAACAAGACUCUUUUUCUGUACAGAUUAUCCUACCUCCUACAAUAAAACCAGAUUUUUCAAAGUGCACCAUGUGCUUCAGAAAGCUCUUCUCAGACAUGAAUCUGGGACUCGUUAAGGGUCUCACUGUUAACUCUCCUGAGUUUUUCAGCAGUUGGUCUAAGUUCAUGAAGUGUCCUAAACCAGGGGUGCUACUUGAUUGUACUAUUUUGGUAUUGAACCAGGAUAGGUCCCUAGUAUUGCAAGCCAAGAUUUUACAAGACUAAGUUGAUUUUCCUGUCAGUUUUACUAUAAUGCUGAAAAUUUGUGUGACUGUCCUUGCUUUUCAUUAGUUUCAAACUGAAAGUAUCCUAAAGUGUAAACCCUGUUUGGAUUUCUUUGUUUGCUUGGGUUUUUGUGUGUGUUUUUUUUUUUUUUUAAACAUGGGUUGUUCUGACUGUAUAGUGCUGGCUUUGAAUGGAUACACACACAUCUCAGCUAGCAUCCUUUACAUUUCCUUCCUGUUCUAACUGCUGACAGUGGCAUUAAAAGAGGUAUUUUGGGUUUUGAGCAAAGAAACAGAAGCAUGCCUCUGUUAUAGAAAGAUGUUCUUUUCAGAAUAAGACUUGAAUAUUUUAGGCAAACUCAAAAAAGACAGAAGGCAAUUGGUAACAUUUUGUGUUGACAUUUGGGAAGUUUCUCAC